AUGUUUAACAAGUCGAUCGUCUCUGUCCUAGCUAUUUUAUUUGAUGUGGGCGUCAAUCCCGUCAUCGCAGGUCAGAGAUACGAUAACGCAAUUGGUACCAUUUAUUACGAUCUGAACGAUGCUUGUGAAGUCUCAGGUGCAGAUGCCACAGGUGAUAUGUCCAGUAUGAAAACUAGUAAUAACGCCUGUGGUUAUGCUGUUGGGAAUCUGGGUGCUUCAAGGGUUGUCGCGAUCAGUCAAUCAAUCUUCAGUAACGAUCUCUGUGGAUCCGAGAUUACUGUGUAUAAAAACGGCCAGCCUGUUCAGUUCUCCGAAGGACCUUUGUUCGUAGGUGAUAUCUGUCCAGGUGGGGAAUGUACAGGUAAUCAUAUCGAUCUUGGAGCCAAAGCUGCAGAUGAAAUCAAUGGAGGUGCGGGUUGUAAGAAUCCCAAUGGAUUCUCUUUCGAAAUUGGUGAUCAGAAGAUCGGUCCUCUAUAUUCAAGUAUAGCUGGGGCAUCGUUGGAAGCUUGGAAAGCGAGUGGGGGAGGUACCAACAAUCAACAGAACACUCCUUCAAAUUCAGCUUCAGCUCCAGGUUCGGGGGUAUCUUCCUCCUCUUCUUCUGCCGCUGCACCACCUCCAUCGAAUUCUUCCAACCCUGUUCCUCCCUCACCUUCAAGCUCAAGUCAAGCUCAAGCCAAUCCGUCUACCAGCCAAAAUUGGAACCCCACCACUCGAUCAUCCGUUUCAUCUGUGGCUAGUCAGCCUCUGAACUCAGCAACGCAGAACUGGAACUCCGCCACUACUCAGCCUAUGAACCCUGCAACUUCUGCGAUUGUAGGUAUAAUUUCCACUGCGCUGUCCGGCGCUCCCACUAACACUGCCACUCAAUCACUGUGGGCCGGAGGGUGGAAUAAUGGGAAUACACUAUUUGCCGAAAAGGAGACUUUGCAAGGAUCAAAUAACACUUGUAGGAGAAGACGAAGAAGGAGAGGAUUGAAAUCACAUUAA